AUGGAUAAUAAUAAAGAUAAAUUAUAUAAACCUGAUUUUGAACUUCUUGAUGAAGUUUCUUUGAGUCUUUUAGAUGCUGGAAUAGGUUCAUUUGAUGUUCUUUCACGUGCAUUACCUACUGUGGUAUUGGCAAGAAUUAAUAAAAUUGAACGGGUUCUAAAAUUAUUAAGAAUUUCACAAUUGUCUAUUGAACACAUUCUUUUAACCCAGGCAAAAAUUUUAAAAAAGUUAAAAAGUUAUAAAUACCGUAAUCAACAACUUUUUUAUGAAUUAAAAAGUUUGGAUGAAGGCAAAAUCAAAGAAAAUACAUUAAAAUUAUAUUCAUGUAAAAAUUGUGAGAAACUAUUUAUUAAUCAAUAUUUUUUGGAAGAUCAUCUUAAAAAAAAGAUGUGUAAAAAUAUUUUGAAAAGGGAGAAUGAUGAUGAUGAUGUUGAUGGUGGUGCAAAAAAUGAAAGAAUGAUAAAAAAUAAAGAUAUUUUGUUUAAUACAUUUGAUAAUAUAAGAAAUUUUGAUUUAAAAACUAAUGAAAUACCUCCAUUUGAUAAUGAAAUUUUACAAAAUCUAAGUUCAAGUAUACCGUGA